AUGAAAGAUAAUACCAAUAACAAUAACAACAACUCCAAUAAAAAAGAUUAUGAAUACGAACAUUUAACUAGCACCCCCAUCGUCAUACAGAAACCAAUCGAUGAUAGAUUACAACCUUCCCUACAACACUCCUACAAGCCUUACUUAUCAGGUUUCGAACAUUAUAAACAACAGUAUCAAUUAUCUAUAGAUGAUCCAGAAUCCUUCUUCGGUACCCAUGCUCGUAACCAUUUGGACUGGUCCAUUCCUUUCAACAAGGUAUUCAUCCCAGAUGAGAACGGUAAACCAAAUUUCGUCAACAACAAUUGGUUUGUCAAUGGUCAAUUGAACGCUUCCUAUAACUGUGUAGACAGACACGCUUUAUCCCACCCAAAUAAAAUUGCCUUGAUUUAUGAAAGCGAUGAACCUGGUAAAGGCUACUCUUUAACUUAUAACCAACUGUUGGUUCAAGUAUCUAAAGUCGCUCAAGUUUUAACUUACUCAAUGGACGUCAAAAAGGGCGAUAACGUCGCAGUUUAUAUGCCAAUGAUACCUGAAGCUAUCAUCACUUUGUUAGCAAUUGCAAGAGUCGGUGCCGUUCAUUCAGUGGUCUUUGCAGGUUUCUCCUCAAACUCUUUACGUGAUAGAAUUAACGACGCUAAUUGUAAAGCCGUUAUAACUACAGAUGAAUCUAUUAGAGGUGGAAAAAUCAUCGAAACCAAGAAAAUUGUAGAUGACGCUUUAAAGGAAACUCCAUGCGUCUCAAAUGUAUUGGUUUAUAAAAGAACAGAAAAUAAAAAUGUUAAUUACGUCCAAGGAAGAGAUUUAGACUGGGACGCCGAAUUGAAAAAAUACAAAAAUUAUUUCCCUUGUACUCCAGUUGAUAGUGAACAUCCGUUAUUCUUGUUAUACACUUCAGGCUCUACCGGAGCUCCAAAAGGUGUACAACAUUCAACUGCAGGUUACCUUUUAGGUGCUGCAUUGACAACCAAAUACACAUUUGAUGUCCACCCAGAAGAUAUAUUCUUCACAGCUGGUGAUAUCGGUUGGAUCACAGGUCAUACUUAUGUAGUUUAUGGUCCUCUAUUAAAUGGCUGUACCACUGUCAUUUUUGAAGGUACUCCUACUUAUCCAAAUUGUUCUCGUUACUGGGAUAUCAUCGACAAAUACAAAGUCACUCAAUUCUACGUCGCACCAACUGCCUUGAGAUUAUUGAAAAGAGCUGGCGAUUCAUAUAUUGAUGGCUAUAAUUUAUCUUCUUUACGUGCUUUGGGUUCAGUAGGUGAGCCUAUUGCUCCUGAAAUUUGGGAAUGGUACUCAGAAAAAAUAGGUAAGAAUGACAUUCCUAUUUGUGACACUUAUUGGCAAACUGAAUCUGGUUCUCAUCUAAUUACAACUUUUGCUGGUGGAGCCACUCCAAUGAAACCAGGUUCGGCUUCAUUCCCAUUCUUUGGUGUAGAACCUGUUUUACUAGAUGCAAACACAGGAAAAGAAAUCACCGAUCAAGACCACUGUGAAGGUGUAUUAGCAAUUAAAAGACCUUGGCCAUCUUUUGCAAGAACAAUUUGGAAAAACCAUGACAGAUACACAGACACUUAUUUGAAGCCUUAUCCAGGUUACUAUUUUACAGGAGAUGGUGCGGCUAGAGACAAAGAUGGGUACAUUUGGAUUUUAGGCCGUAUCGAUGAUGUUGUCAAUGUCUCUGGUCAUCGUUUAUCUACUGCAGAAAUAGAAUCUGCAAUUAUCGAGGAUGCAACAGUUGCAGAGUGUGCUGCCGUAGGCUUUGCUGAUGAUUUGACAGGUCAAGCUGUUGCUGCAUUUGUGGUUUUGAAAAAUAAAUCUAGUUGGUCUACUGCUUCAGAAGAAGAACUACAAGAGAUUAAAAAGCAUUUGAUAUUAACUGUUAGAAAAGAUAUUGGUCCUUUUGCUGCUCCUAAGUUGAUUGUAUUGGUUGAUGAUUUACCAAAGACAAGGUCAGGUAAGAUUAUGAGACGUAUCUUGAGAAAGAUCUUAGCUGGUGAAGCUGAUCAAUUAGGUGAUGUCUCAACUUUGUCAAAUCCAGGUAUUGUCAAACAUUUAAUCGAUUCUGUUAAGAUAUAG